AUGGAGAAGCCCAACGUGGAUUGGGAAGCUUCUUCAAGUGACUCAGCGGAUGACAGUGGCGUGACUGACGCCACUGUCAUCCGCGUGCUCUGGGACAGGCCGGGUGGCCGGCACCCGCCGGACGCUAUAGACUUCAGGGUGUUUGGCGGAGAGGACCUCGGCAAGUUUUCCAACACUCGCACGGUCGAGUUUGAAAUGAACACAGGGAGCGUAGACAAGCUUUUUUACAACCCGUACCACCGGCAGCAACUGUUUGCCUGGGGCCCGCGGCCGGAGACGGCUGUCGGAUGUGCGCUGGAUUAUCUGUUUAGGCCGCGUCCAGAGGUGCUGGAUCUGGUGGCUGACAGCUACCGGGCGCUUCAGAACCCGGACGCCCUCAAAUAG